AUGUUCAAGAAAGUAGAAGAAGUUAGCAAUUUAGUUCCCUUAAAUAAAUCAGCUUAAAAAAAGCUCAGGGAAAAAAUAUUAGAAAAAUUCCCUAAAAUUGAAGGUGUUUUAGAAGAUUUUAUGCCCAAAAAGGCUCAAAUUAGCAGCACUAAAUUCCACACUCCUGAACAUAAAUGGGAAUUGUUUUGGGUUGAUAAGUUCCCCAUUUUCUUUAAGAACGAUAAAGAAGAUGAUGAACUCUUCCCUACUUUAAGAUUAUUACACACUUAUCCAGAUAUGCUUUUAAAAUGUUAAACUGAUUCUGGUGCUGUUAAAUUUAUUUUGAAUGGAUCUAAUGUUAUGGCAAAAGGUUUAUAAACUCCUGGUUCUAAUGUUGAGGAAGGUGUUGAGUAUGGUAAGGUUGUUGCUAUAUAUGCCGAUGGAAAAGAACAUGCUAUGGGUGUUGGAGUCGCUAUCUUGAAUGCCUAAGGAAUUAAAGAAGCCGCUAUGGGAGAAGCUAUUGUUACAAAGCACGUAAUUGGUGAUGGUCUCUGGUUAAUAUAGGAACCUAAAAAGAAAUGA